UCUGAAGGGAUUGAGCCAGUUCAGGCCAGCCUGCUGCUCUGACUCUCCUUCUCUCCUUUUCUUUUCCCUCUCACUCUCUCUUCCUGUCCUGUCUGUUUAAGGAGUGAACGAUUGGGAAAUUCCUUCAAGCUACUUUACUUCAGGUUUCUCUGGGAUUUAAACAUGCACACUGAGGCUUUGGUACAGUCCAUUUUGGUCCCAUUGUUUCUGAUUCUGCUCACUACCGUGGAGGACACUUUGUUACAAUCGGUGAGCCAGGUGGGUGGUGUGUGCAAGUUUUCCUCGGAGUCGUCCCUGCGCCGCUGCCGGACCCCUGAUGGCAAGAUCUGCAGUGGGAGGGGCAAGUGUGACUGCGGCGUCUGCAUCUGCGAGGCCACCGAUCCAGGGAAGUUCUACGGUCCACGCUGCGAUUGCCACGACUGGGUCUGUUCUACAUAUAAUGGGAAAACUUGCAAUGACCGCGGCUACUGUGACUGUGGGAUGUGUGAGUGUGAUGAAGGCUGGUUUGGAGAUGCCUGCCAGUUCCAGGAGGAGUGUAACCUACCCAGCAAGAAGAGCAAAGAGCUUUGCAAAAACCCAGAGGGGGUGGUGUGCUCCAACAGAGGCACUUGCCACUGUGGGAGCUGCAUGUGUAACAAUGAGGACAACAGGGGUCUGGUGACUGGACGCUUCUGUGAGUGUGACGACAGCGAGUGUCUGGACGAGGAUACCGGAGAGGUGUGUGGAGGCCAUGGCCAGUGUUACUGUGGAAACUGUUACUGUGCUGCUGGUUGGCAUGGAGACAAAUGUGAAUUCCAGUGUGACAUCAGCCCAUGGGAAAGCAAGCGGAAAUGCAAGGCUCCAGAUGGGAAAAUCUGCAGCAACAGAGGGACCUGUGUGUGUGGGGAGUGUAACUGUCACGAUGUAGAUCCCUCUGGCGACUGGGGAGAUAUUCACGGAGACACCUGUGAAUGCGAUGAGAGGACCUGUCACCCAACCUACGACCGAUACACGGACGACUACUGCACAGGUCAUGGCCAGUGCAAUUGUGGCACGUGUGACUGUAAAGAGGGAUGGGCUGGGAAGAAGUGUGAGCAUCCUCUGUCCUGCUCCCUGUCUCUGGAGAGCAGCAUGAAGAAGUGUCAAGGAACGUCCAAUUUGACCUGCUUCGGACGAGGUCAAUGCCAGUGUGGGCAGUGUACCUGCUAUCCACCUGGAGACAGUCGUGUUACUGGCAAAAACUGUGAGUGUGACGACCGUCAGUGCGAGAACAUCAGUGGGGAGAUCUGUGGAGGUUACGGUUACUGUUCGUGCGGACACUGCAUCUGCGAGGAGGGCUGGUUCGGGAAGCUGUGCCAGUUCCCAAGGUCAUGUGACCUGAGCGAGGUUCAGAGCAAGGAGAUUUGUGAGACUUCAGACGGCGUCAUGUGCAGUGGAAAAGGUUCCUGUCACUGUGGCCAAUGUAUCUGCCGUCCCCAAGACUGGUGGGUGUCUGGAGAGUACUGCGAGUGUGACGACCGAGAGUGUGACAAACAUGACGGCCUCAUCUGCACAGGGAAUGGAUUGUGCAACUGCGGCAACUGUGAGUGCUGGGACGGCUGGAUGGGGAAUGCUUGUGAGAUCUGGCUGGGAGCUGAGUACUGAGGGGGGGGGGGGGUGGACACUGCUGUGAGGAGACAGGAGGCCUGGCUGCCCGGAGCGACCAGGAGCACCGCCCAGGAAAACCAUUGGAGCAGGAAGAGGAACGAACUAAACAUGGAUGUAAUUCUGCAUAUCAUUAACAUACAAUAUUUGAUUGUACUGGUUACAAAGGAUCCUUAUAAAACGGAGCAUUGUAGGUGUAAAAUAAACAUAUUGCCAUGUAAUCUGUAAUAUGAUUCCAAAACAGCCUAAUGUAUAAUUGUUUUUUUAAAUGUAGGAAUGCAGCUACAGUAUGACAAAUGUAAUUAUUAAAGUGACAUUUUUGCAAUAUGUUCAAAACAAUGGGUGCUAAUGUAAGUCAGUACAGAGGGGGGUGUUGUUCCAAAAUUGGACUGAAAGUUCACAGGAAAGCUCGAGGCAGGAGUUACUGUUUGAGGUUUUUAUUUAUUUUUAAUAAUAAAACAUUAAUGUGCCGCAUGACACAACAUUUUGCAUGGAAAACAAUGCGAAGACCUUAAUCAUACAUGGUUACAAAUUUGUUAUAACAUGACAUAACUCCAAUGGGCAUACUUGCAAUGGUAUAUUUUUUUUUGUUGAAAAUAAAUAAUUUUAAUAGUG